UCGGCACUCAGAGAAGCGUAUCCCGAGAUAGCUCGUCGGUUUGAAGGGCUUCGUGAUGAAAUUAUCGCUCCCCUUCGUGGUCAAGUUGAUAUCUCGCCAAUGAGGAUCGUUCAGGAACAGCGUCGAACCAAUGUGAAGGAACUCGAGCGAUGCAUUCAAAAGAUUCGCGAUAUCGAUAUCCCCGGUUACGAACGGUUUCUCCUCGAGUCAACACCCGGGGAAAUGAAAGCAUGCGCAUCCAGAGGCAUGACUGUAUUUAUCAACAUCACGGAUUUGGGCAGCCAUGCGAUCAUCGUCUCGCCAAUAUAAAUCAAAUGCUUGGACCUAUCUUAUAUGUCUGCUUCUGAGGCUGGCACUUGGAUGCAGUAUUCAAAACGUUUUAAACCUGACAAUAAAGUGUUUCGGGAAUACCUGAGUUGGCUUUGGAAAGUCUGUGUGAGGCCGAUACUCGUUGAAGGCAACUUCGGAGUACAGCAAUCAAAGCAAGACCUUCCGAGUGUUUGGUGGAUCGGAACUGGACUGGCCAGUUCGAUGCCAUUCCAUGCCGCAGGACAUCACUCACCGCAAUCGGAGGAGAACGUUUUCAACAGAGCUAUUUCUUCUUACGCACCGUCAAUCAAAGCGCUCGUAUACGCCCGGGAGCGUUCACUAAAGCGAGAUGUCAUCAUAGAGAGUCUAUUACUAGUCACGAUGAGAAAGACGCCGCCGGACCUUCCUAGCCUUGAUGGAGUUGAACAUGAGAAGAAAGCAAUCUUGAAGUCGAUUCACACAUACCUGAAAACACAGCUGCUUGAUCACCCAAAUGCCGAUACCAGUGGGCUGGUUUUCCAUAAGGACGAUUCCGAUUAUAUUUCAGGAUUAAUGACAGUGCAAGCGGUUUCUGGACUAAAAUUGGAGCGCUCAAGGAUUGCAUAUAUCUCGGCCUGUUCGAUACCUACGGACACAACAGUGAAGCUACGUGAUGAGGCCAUUCAUAUUAUGAGCGGUUUUCAGGUAGCUGGAUUCGCACAUGUCAUUGGUUUUCUAUGGCAUUCGGUCGAUAGAGUAUGUGUAAAGGUGGCCAAAAGAUUUUACGAAUCACUCUUUCGAGGUGAAGAUACAAAGGUAGAAGAUAUAGAUGUUGCUAUGGCAUUUCAUGAGAGCGUACCGGCAGUCCGGGUGGCCUACAGGAACCAGCCGUUGAUAUGGGCACAGUUUGUCCAUUAUGGCGCAUGA